AUGUCGCGAAGAUACGACUCAAGGACGACCAUCUUCUCGCCCGAAGGACGGCUCUACCAGGUCGAAUACGCGCUCGAGGCUAUUUCGCACGCAGGAACGGCGCUGGGCAUUCUCGCCCAGGAUGGCAUUGUGCUUGCGGCAGAGAGGAAGGUCACCAGCAAGCUGCUGGAGCAGGACACAUCGGCGGAGAAGCUCUAUAUUCUGAACGACAACAUGAUCUGCGCCGUGGCAGGCAUGACGGCCGAUGCCAACAUCCUAAUCAACUACGCCCGUCAAGCCGCCCAGCGCUACCUCCUCACCUACAAUGAAGACAUCCCGUGCGAACAGCUCGUACGCCGGCUAUGCGAUCUGAAGCAGGGAUACACGCAGCACGGUGGUCUGCGGCCCUUCGGCGUCUCCUUCAUCUACGCAGGAUGGGAUCCGCAGCGGCAGUUCCAGCUCUACCAGAGCAACCCCAGCGGCAACUACGGAGGCUGGAAGGCGACGAGCGUCGGCGCCAACAACGCAUCCGCACAGAGCCUGUUGAAGCAGGACUACAAGGAGGAUUGCGACCUGAAGGAGGCCUGCGGGCUUGCUGUCAAGGUGCUUAGCAAGACGAUGGAUUCUACCAAGCUGAGCAGCGAGAAGAUUGAGUUCGCGACCGUUGGCAGGACGAAGUCCGGGAACAUCUACCACCACCUCUGGGGAGCCGACGAGAUCGAUGCCUUGCUGAAGGAGCAUGGCCUGGCCAAGGCAGAGGACACCGAAAUGGCCGAAGGCUAG